CUUCUGCUUUCUGGGCUGUUUUGCAUGUUGACGCUUUGAGGAAAAGACCCACUUCCCUAAUGACAGCCGGGUCUGCAGCAGCAAACACUCCUGCUUGCCCAGGCUUGUCUUCUGCUUUCUCUUCGUUUCAGCACUUCUCAUUUUUAAAAAUUUAUUCAAGAGGCAGAGAGACUAACAAAGAGAGCUCCUCUUCACUGCUUCACUCCCCAGAUGCGCGUGAGGGCCAGAGCUAGGCCAGUGUUGGAGCCAGGGACCAAGAAUGCAAUUCAGGUCUCCCUCCACUUGAGCCAUUACUACAAUCUCCCAGGGUCUACACCCACAGGAAGCUGGAGUCGGGAGCUGAAGCCAAGCAUUGAGCCCAGGUGGAUCCCUGCAUGUGUCCUCUCACCGCCUAAGGGACCAGCACAGCCAUGGCCAGCAACACAGCUGACAACGCCAAUCACCUGCCCUUCUUCUUCGGAAACAUCACCCGGGAGGAGGCUGAGGACUACCUGGUCCAGGGAGGCAUGAGUGAUGGGCUCUACCUGCUGCGCCAGAGCCGCAAUUACCUGGGUGGCUUUGCCCUGUCAGUGGCCCACGCGAGGAAGGCGCACCAUUACACCAUCGAGAGGGAGCUCAAUGGGACCUACGCCAUCACGGGUGGCAGAACGCACAGCAGCCCUGCCGAGCUCUGCCACUACCACUCCCAGGAGUCAGAUGGCCUGGUCUGCCUCCUUAAGACACCCUUCAACCGGCCCCCCGGGGUGGAGCCCAAGACAGGACCCUUUGAGGACUUGAAGGAAAACCUCAUUAGGGAAUACGUGAAGCAGACGUGGAACCUGCAGGGCCAGGCUCUGGAGCAAGCCAUCAUCAGUCAGAAGCCCCAACUGGAAAAGCUGAUCGCCACCACCGCUCAUGAAAAGAUGCCCUGGUUCCACGGGAAAAUCUCUCGAGAUGAAUCUGAGCAAAUCGUCCUGAUUGGAUCCAAGACAAAUGGGAAAUUUCUGAUCAGGGCCAGAGACAACAAUGGGUCCUAUGCCCUGUGCCUGCUGCAUGAAGGGAAGGUACUGCAUUACCGCAUCGACAAAGACAAGACUGGGAAGCUCUCCAUCCCAGAGGGGAAGAAGUUCGACACACUUUGGCAGCUUGUGGAGCAUUAUUCUUACAAACCCGAUGGUUUGUUAAGGGUCCUUACGGUUCCAUGUCAGAAGAUCGGUUCACAGCAAGGAAACCUUGAUUUUGACGCUCGUCCGCAACUUCCAAGCUCCCAUCCUGCGACGUGGUUGGCAGGCGGAAUCAUCUCCAGAAUCAGAUCCUACACCUUCCCAAAGUCUGGCCACAAAAAGGCACCCCCGCCCCAAGGAAACCGGCCUGAGAGCAGCGUCUCAUUCAAUCCUUACGAGCCAGAACGAGGGCCCUGGGCAGCCGAAAGAGGGCCCCAGAGAGAAGCCAUGCCCAUGGACACGGAGGUGUAUGAGAGCCCAUACGCCGACCCUGAAGAGAUCAGACCCAAAGAGGUCUACCUGGACCGGAAGCUGCUGACCCUGGAAGACAAAGAGCUGGGCUCUGGUAACUUCGGGACCGUGAAGAAGGGCUACUACCAGAUGAAGAAAGUGGUGAAAACAGUGGCUGUGAAAAUCCUGAAGAAUGAGGCCAACGACCCCGCCCUGAAAGACGAGUUGUUGGCCGAAGCCAAUGUCAUGCAGCAGCUGGACAACCCCUACAUCGUGCGUAUGAUCGGGAUCUGUGAGGCUGAGUCCUGGAUGCUGGUGAUGGAGAUGGCGGAACUCGGCCCGCUCAACAAGUAUCUGCAGCAGAACAGGCAUGUCAAGGACAAGAACAUCAUAGAGUUGGUCCAUCAGGUCUCCAUGGGGAUGAAGUACUUGGAGGAGUGCAAUUUUGUGCACAGAGAUCUGGCUGCAAGAAACGUGCUGCUGGUCACGCAACAUUACGCCAAGAUCAGCGACUUUGGGCUUUCCAAGGCGCUCAGGGCGGAUGAGAACUACUACAAGGCACAGACGCAUGGCAAGUGGCCCGUGAAAUGGUACGCCCCCGAGUGCAUCAACUACUACAAAUUCUCCAGCAAGAGUGACGUUUGGAGCUUCGGCGUGCUGAUGUGGGAAGCGUUUUCCUACGGGCAGAAGCCAUAUCGGGGGAUGAAAGGGAGUGAAGUGACUGCCAUGUUGGAGAAAGGAGAGCGGAUGGGAUGCCCUCCAGGGUGCCCAAGGGAGAUGUACGAACUGAUGAACUUGUGCUGGACAUAUGAUGUGGAGAAAAGGCCCGGGUUUGUAGCAGUGGAACUGCGGCUGCGCAAUUACUACUACGACGUGGUGAACUAAGGGCUUCUCUGCCUGGCCGGGCUGCCCCGACGGGAGACUCAACCCCAGGAACCUGAAUGCCAACAGUUGACUUGAUUUUCAGUGUUGAUCCGCUCUCUGCCGGUCAGGAGAGCUGGCUGGGUCCCGGAAGAAGGAAACCGACAGGAUCCAGUAGACGCGUGGGAUUCUUGGCUGUGUGCUUUUCCUGAUGCGUUCUUGCAGGAUUUGCUUCGGAAUUCCUUUUGUCUCUGUAGUUCUCCGGGGCCUGGUUGCGUUCUCUGCCUGCUGGGCCAGGGAAUGCAGAGCUCUGACAACAGCCCAACAUGUUCAAAGCGGGCAGGGACACAGGCGGCCCGUGAGACAGAGGGGCACGAAGGCAGGAGGAGGAGCCGGUGACUCUGGGA